AUGAAUAAUACAGAUCCAACUUCUUUUCAAAGUAUUCUGGCGGGUGUUCAGAAACUGAGAGAAGAGAACGGUGCAAAUAAAACACAGCAACCACAGAUACAAAGACCACAGGCCCCCAAAGCACAAGUGAGUUCUACAAGUACAAACGAAGGUAAACGACAGGUUAUAAACUCCUUUAAUCAACAGCGACCUUUACUCCAGUUUGACAAUAAGAAUAAUGAACAAAAUGGGAAACGACAAAGACAGGAUCAAGGACCUGGGAAAACGGUACUAGUUAACACAACUCAAAAGGAAAAUCCGCUUUUAGAUAGUUUGAAAAAUACCAACUGGAGAUAUGUCACAUCGAAAGGUGGUACAAAGAUAUAUUAUGAUUAUCUUAUCAAGGGAAGAUCGGUACUUUUUUUGACUUUAUCAUACCAUAAAUUGUACGCUGACUACAUAACACGAAGGAUGGCUCCAUUAUCCAAGGACGAUAACAAUAUACUAAUAUUUGUAGUUGAUAGCACAAAUUCAGAGGAAGCCAUUAAUGAUAUAACGAAAAUGUGCAUGUUUAAUGGGUUUACAUUCCUGGUGGCAUUCAAUUUCGAACAAGCUGCAAAAUAUAUCGAAUACUUGAACUCUGCUUGA